UGGUGUGAAGUACAUAUAGUAUGUGUCGAUGAAUAAUGAUAGCAAGGGUACUUCGAGAAAGAAACGACGAGUUGGUAAAGGGGAAAUUAAAGAUUUGGCCAUGGCGAUUUUAAGGCCAUACAUUAGGCGAAAUAUUAAGAAAAUUAUUUUGAUAUCAUUUCCUAUUCUUUUGCUUCCCAUUCCAAUCGUGCUGCAGUCAAAGACCGGAAGCUGUGCCUAUGGUCUCCUGUUGAUGGCGAUCUUUUGGAUCUCGGAGGCACUUCCCCUUCCGGUGACCGCACUACUCCCUGUCUUUGUCUUUCCAUUGCUGGGGGUCAGUAAAGUGAAGACUAUGACCAAUCUAUACUAUAACAAUAUAACGUUUGUGAUGAUUGGUGGAUUAAGUGUCGCCAUAGCAAUUGAAAAAUGGAAUUUACACAAGCGGAUCGCUCUUAGACUGCUUCUUUCAAUGGGAUCGCAACCGAAAUGGUUGAUGUUGGGAUUCAUGUUAAUAACCUGUUUUCUGUCAAUGUGGAUGAGCAACACAGCAACUACGUCUAUGAUGAUUCCUAUCGCCCAAGCUCUUCUUGUGCAACUUGUGCAAACCAAAAAAAGAAAUAUUUCAUUGAAAGACGAAGAUCUGGAGAUAUCGGCGACAACGCCACUUAACAUUGAAAAAGCAGGAGAAAUUAGAGAGCACGAACAUGGAACGGAGAACAACCAGCUGCAGGAAGCUGAAAAAUCCGAGAAUAAACUAGUAGUUGUGGCAAUAGAAAAGAAAGAGGAUGAUGGACAAUUCAAUUUCGACACCUUGGACCCUUCGUCUAAAAAAUUAUGUAAAGCAUUUUGUCUGGCUAUAUGUUACGCUGCAAACUGCGGAGGAAUAGGGACCCUUACGGGAACGGGGCCAAAUCUGGUUAUCAAAGGACAGGCUGAUAUGUUGUCAGGUGGAGAAUCCGGCAUUACUUUUACUUCCUGGUUUAUAUUCGGGUUUCCCAUAGCUGUUAUCAACUGUUUGAUAGCUUGGCUGGUUCUCCAGAUAGCUUAUUUUGGAGUAAAAUCCGUGUUUCGCACAGCAAAGAAAGAUGAUUCCAAUGAUGUCCAGGAUAUUGUUCGAAAAGAAUACAACAAGCUUGGAAAUAUAACAUUUGCAGAGAAAGCGGUGCUUAUUCACUUCGUUGUAUUGCUUAUUCUAUGGUUUUCUCGAAACCCAGAAUUUGUUCCAGGAUGGGGUUCCCUUUUUGAAGAUGGAUACCUCGCUGAUUCGGUUCCAGCCAUAAUAAUUAUGGUCAGCUUGUUCAUAUGUCCAAGCAGACGUAGGGUCAAAGAUGACCCUGUCGACUACGUCAAGGAAAUCCCACCAUUAUUGGAUUGGAAAACUGUUACAAUACGCAUGCCCUGGAACGUCGCCCUGUUGCUGGGUGGCGGAUUCGCUCUGGCAAGAGCAUGUUCGGAAUCUGGGUUAUCUGUUUGGUUAGCCCAUCAAAUGUCUGCUUUUCAAGACAUCGAUUCCUGGUCAAUGAUAUUUGUCAUCUGCCUCAUAGCAUCAUUUUCUACAGAAGUCACUAGUAACACCGCAAUCUCAACUUUGAUUGUGCCUAUCCUUGCAGAGCUAGCUUUAGGGAUGCAUAAAAACCCCAUUUACAUAAUGCUGCCAGCUGCCAUAGCAACGUCAUUUGCUUUCAUGUUGCCAGUUGCCACUCCACCAAAUACCAUCGCCUUCUCCUAUGGUUAUCUGAAAGUUAUGGAUAUGAUAAAGAUCGGAUUUAUACUGAACUUGCUUUGUGUCAUCGUGUUGACUGUUGCCAUAAAUACUUAUGGAAUGACUAUUUUCAAACUAGACGAGUUUCCAAAUUGGGCUGAAAAAGCCUUGAGAUCGUCUAUCGAAACAACCUCACUGGGACCGAAUAGUACAACGUCAUACACAGACGGGGUGAUAUAUAACUUCUCUAUGCCAUUACUCUGAAAUGUGCAGUUUAGGUUACAAUACAUAUAUGGUAAACCUUUCUAUAAUCAGUGUUAUGAAAUAUAUAUUGUAUUCUAUUGUGCUCAUUUCAACGCAAUUCAUUAAACUUGUGACAUGUUUUAGGGUCAGAGUUUAUCCUUAUUCCAUUAUAGAGUAGAAACAUGAAUAGGUAUCUACUAGUGUAUUAUCUAGCCAUUAACUGCACAGGUAUAUUUCUUAGAAAGUCGUAUUCUGUGUGUUGUUAACCAAAUGAAAAUGAAUAAACGUUUUGAAAAAUAAGAA